AUGGGCGCCCAAAUCUCAAAGCUGAUGAGCAAAAUCUUUGGAUCUAAAGAAAUGCGACUACUUAUGCUAGGACUCGAUGCUGCGGGCAAGACAACCAUUCUAUAUAAGCUUAAACUGAACCAAGAUGUGACAACAAUUCCUACCGUUGGAUUCAAUGUUGAGACUGUAACCUACAAAAAUGUCAAGUUCAACGUUUGGGAUGUAGGUGGCCAGGAUAAAAUUAGGCCCCUAUGGCGGCAUUAUUUCAGCGGAACUCAGGGCUUAAUCUUUGUCAUUGACUCAUCAGAUAAAGUUCGAAUGGAAGAGGCCCGUCAAGAAUUACAUCGCAUUAUAAAUGAUCGCGAAAUGAAAGAUUCUUUGCUACUCGUCUUCGCGAAUAAACAAGACAUCCCUGGAGCAAUGAAGCCUCAAGAAGUUACUGACGCACUAAAAUUGACCUCUCUUAAGGACAAAAUAUGGUUCGUAGUACCUAGCUGUGCGACGACAGGAGAAGGAUUACUUGAAGGCUUGGCCUGGCUAAGCAAUAACGUUAAAUCUCCCCCAAAUGGACAAAAGAGGUAG